AAGUCCAGUUCGGUUUUUACGUGAAGCUCCAAAAAUCUAUGAAAUGUGUUUGCAUGUUCUUCUCCGCGAGCAGGGAUGUAGAGGUGGGAUCGCAAGAAUCGAAAGGUUGGAGAGCCCGCACGCUCGCUUCCGAGAAAGUACGUUUACUAUAAUUUAUCAUUCCGUUUCCCCCGCGUUGAUUUCAGGCUUGGCUUGUAACAUUUCCGCUGGGUUAGAAUUUAUUUUUUCCUUCUUUUUGGCACCAAUCUCCGCAGCAGCCACGGAGACGGACCGCUUGGACAGUUGGAUCCCUCCCCUCCGCUCGUUUCUGCUUUGGUUUCAUUUCCUCUGAGCAAAGAUGUGGGUGGAGCUGUAGAGCAGGGUUGCGGGCUCCGGGGGCUUCCAUUGGCCGAUUCUUCAGCAGGAGGGGAGGUGCCGCUCUCGCCUGGGCUCUGAGCAGGACCGGUAGCACCGCCCCCCCCACCCCACCCCACCCCCUCACGCGACCGCGCCCGAGCCUGUCCCGCGAUCAUGUCCAGCGGGCGACCCGAGACCAGCCGACCAGCGGAGGCCCCGGAGAAGGGCGGGGACGAGGCAGCGUCGCCCCCGGCUACUGAGCGUCGGAGCCGGAGCGGCAUCAUCAGCGAGCCACUCAGCAAGAGCCUGAAGAAGUCGCGGGCGCUGUCUCAGUACACCGCCAGUGGCUCCGCCUCCAAUGGACUGCCCGCCCACAAGGGCGAAGCCAAGGCCAACGCCGCCCCAGGCCAGCGCCGGGACGCCGCCGCGCUCGCCAAGCCUGAGCGGACCCUGGAGCAGCUCCUGGAGGGUCAGAACGGGCUGCUGCACUUCGCCCAGGCGGCCGCGCUGCUCAAACGCGCCGGCAUGGAGCAUGUGCUGCUGCCGAGCGAGCAGGGGGCGGGGCUGGGCGAGCUGGAGGGCGUGUCGGGCGCAGACUCGCCCGCCGCCGGCCCCGGGGACUUCCCCUAUCUGGGCGGCUUCCCGUUCAACCCGGGCCUGUUCAUCAUGACACCGGCGGGGGUGUUCCUGGCUGACAGCGCCCUACACAUGGCCGGCCUGGCCGACUACCCGGCGCAGGGCGAGCUGGCCUCCGCCAUCAGCGCCGGCAAGAAGAAGCGGAAACGCUGCGGCAUGUGCCCGCCCUGCCGCCGGCGCAUAAACUGCGAGCAGUGCAGCAGCUGCCGAAACCGCAAAACCGGACACCAGAUCUGUAAAUUCCGCAAGUGUGAGGAGCUUAAAAAGAAGCCGUCCGCCGCUCUGGAGGUAAGGGCCUGAGGUGGGCGGGGCCGCGGAGAAGGUGAUGCUGCCGACAGGGACGGCGUUUCCAUGGUUCCAGUAGGACCGCCAGGCCCAAAGCUCUGUGAUGAAGUGCAAUGCCACCCGGCUCACUCGGACUCUGGAACGGACUCUCUGAAAACAAACAAACAAACAAGCAAACACAAAAAAUAAUACCAGAAAAUGAUAAUUAUCAUGAUUAAUGGAUGCACCUACUUACUCCUGAACCAAAAAUAAACAU